AUGGAGGUUGAUACCAUCGACAGUUAUGAAGCACUGGUGAAAUUUGCGAAUGUUCUUAAGGACUUUAGAGUCGGUGUACUUAAUGAUCCAGGAUCCAGGGAUGCCUUUGAUGUUGUGAAGGAUUUCAGGUCCAUUGCGGGGGAAGGAGCACUAGAUAUAGCGAGGACUGACUCUUCUGAGAGGGGCGGUGUAUUUGAGAACUGGGAGUUGGAGGCUAAGCUUUGGCAUCUGAUUGAGUUGCUAGUGAAUUUUAGAACGGCAGAUUUAAACAUUGACGAAGACAUUGAGCAGCUCGAAGACGAUUCGCUGGGGUUUACAAAGUCCUUAUUGAAGAAGGACAGAUCUCUAUACGAAAUCUGGCUUAUCAUGCUUUGGAUUCAAUCUAAUAUUUCCGUCCCAGCUAGGCCAGAUGGCAUUGCAGGGUCAAAGUGGUCACAUUCUUUUAUGUCCGGUGAGCUAAAGAGCUGCGACUUGGACUACCCUCUAAGAGAAUCCGAUUGCAAGAUAGAUAAUCGUGACAAACAAUCAGACCACGCCUUUUACAAAUACAUUUACGAACUACUUUUAGCUGGAAGAUAUGAUGACGCUAGAAAAGAGUGCGAACUCUCGGACAACACGACCCUCGCCCUGAUUUUAUGCGGCCUCGAUAACUACGUUGGAUUUAGUGUUGGUGAACCAGCCAAUGACGAUCUACAACCACAGGAGAAUAUUAAGGGGAAGGCGCUAUGGCGGAGAGCUGUCCAUUCCUUGUCGCUUCAGCAAGAACUGGAUGAGUAUGAAAGGGCAAUAUACUCAUACCUGGCUGGUGACGUUUUCGAGGGGAUCGACACAAACUGGGACAUUGAUCUUCUAUUAUACCUCAACCAAGCAUUACAGAUUUCGCUUGAAAAUCACCUGUUAGAGGACAAGCUGGUCGAUAGCAAAGAGAUCAUCCUUCCCAUGGCAUCUGAUCCUGUCCCCCUACAAUCAGUACUGGACAUUAUAGCACGCAAGCAUGUAGCUGAGGGUGAGCAUCCUAUAAGAGUUUUAAUGGGCGCUGUGAUAUUGGACAAAAUACCUACAGUUGUGAAAUCUUCUACAGCGAUGCUAUUGGACGUUGUCAAAGGUAAAGACGCUAGCAAUGACAUGGUAGAGGAACCUUAUCUUCUAAGAGUGGUCACACAUCUUGUUAUAUUAAUGGACUUCAUUUGCCCAGGCUUGAUUAAUGAGCAAGAUAAGUCAAAAUUGAUUACUGCUUACGUGACUAUCUUGUCGCUCUACCAGCUUUACAACGAAAUCCCCGUCUACAUUAGCUUUCUAGAUGACUCAGAAGCAUUGGAAGCUUACUCGUUCUUCCUAUCGAAUCUGACGAAUGCUGCGGCUCGCAAGAAACAACUCGACCUUUGCAAUAUUUUGAAAAUACCAACAGCCAAUAUCUUAAGGAGAACCACACAAAGAGUGUUUGAUGAUACAGAAGGCUCAUACAACCCAACGGCCGGUAUAAUUGUCGAUAAUACGGUUGACGAAAUUGACAAACGCGUGGUUGCGAGUGUUGAGUGGCUAACGGAAGGAAAACUUUAUGUCGACGCCAUCAAUGCUAUAAUCGUACUGUCGAGGCGGUUUUUGAUAAAUGGCAAAAUAAGGUCUUUGAGUUACCUUUACGAAACUCAUGACAUUGACAAUGUCAUCAAGAACUUUGAAAUGGAUACCAUAAGCGACCCUAACAGCUGCAAAGCUGCCGUGGAUGAAAUAAAGCAAUACAAAGAACUAAUAGACAUUCACGAGCAGUUCGAGCAGUGGGAUGCUCUGCUAGUAAAUUCACAGUCAGAGUCAAACUUGCCGCACCUUCUGAAAAAGUUCAAGCAACUCUGCAGCAAUGUUUACAGGUUCAGCAAAUCCUUCUUGAUAGAGCUUUCGGAAAGUCCCGGGAUUGCAGGCAGCGAUGUGAUUUACGAAAUCCGUGCCCUUUACACCCCUCACCUCAUUGUCAAGUUGCAUAACUCGUUGGUGACGGCUUCGAGGGAACUGAAAAUAGAAAGCUUCAUAAAUGAGGCACUUUCCUUAGCAAACCUGGUCGCGAACGAGACUGAUCGCAUAUAUCUGCUGUUCCAAUCCAGUGGCAGACUGCAGGAGUAUCUACAACUUAUUGCCAAGACGGCCACUUUUGUCAAAACGCAGUAA